CAUACCUUUGCUUUCAUUUAAUUGUCUACUAACAUGUGUUUCGAGUUUAUUCCUGUAUUCUACCGUAGACAGCGUUCUCACCCAAGACGCAAGGCACGACGCACACACUCUCAAGCGCGUCCCAUUCACAUCUCUCCUUUUACACCUCUGUCUCUAUCUAUGGGUCUCUGGAACUGCCAGUCAGCUGUGAACAAGACUGACUUCAUCGAUGCGUUUGCCAGCCAGUCUGAGAUUCACAUUCUUGGUCUUACUGAGACUUGGAUUCGUCCUGAAGACUCAGCCACACCCGCUGCUCUCUCCACAAACUACUCCUUCUCCCACACUCCCCGCCAAACUGGAAGAGGAGGAGGCACAGGUUUGCUUAUCACCAAUGAUUGGAAAUAUUCCACACUAUCUUCCCUAUGCAACAACUAUUCAUUUGAAUACCAUGCUGUUAAUAUCACUUUUCCCACUCAGCUCAGCGUUGUUGUAGUUUACCGUCCCUCAGGUCCUCUUCACGACUUCAUUGAAGAGUUAGAUGUGCUGCUCUCAUCAUUUCCGGAGGAUAGCGGCCCUCUUGUAGUCCUUGGGGACUUCAACAUCCACCUGGAGAAACCCUAUGCUGCUGACUUCCACACCCUCACCGCCUCGUUCGACCUCACGCGCCUCGUCACAGCCAGUACUCAUAGAUCUGACCGGCUCGUGCCACUCCCCGCUGCCCCUGGCUGUCUGACAUCAUCCGUGAACAACGUAGUACACUCAGGGCUGCUGAAAGGAAAUGGCGCAAGACCAAGAACCCUGCUGACCUAGGGGACUACCAGUCACUACUCUCCUCUUUUUCUGCUAGUGUUACCACAGCAAAAAUGUCUUUCUAUACCACCAAGGUAAGCAAUGCAUCUAACACUCGACAGCUUUUCAAGACAUUUAACUCUCUUCUUUGCCCCAAUCCUCCCCCGCCCACUUCAUCAUUGACUGCGGAAGACUUUGCUGUAUUUUUCACUGACAAAACAUCAUCCAUCAGCAAACAAUUCUCGGUACCUCAGACCUUGGGAAACACCUCCCACACUUCAACCAUCAAACUCUCC